UUGAUAACAAAUAGUUGCAGCUAUGUAUGUGUGACGAAGCAAUUGUUUACCCAACUAUAAUGAUUAACAGAUGACAGGAGGAAUUAUGAGUUUCUGUACCGAGGAAGAAUAAGUUAGGUUUCGGGUUUAGUUUCCUGGGAACUCCAGAGGGCGUGGUCAAUUUGAACACUAUAAACACAGCCUUUGUUCCAGCCACAUUGACAGACAAUCCUUGUGUGUGCUAUAGAAUGGCUGCCACCUUGUCUCUAAUGGAGGAACACCUCUUGUGUCCCGUGUGCUUGGACAUCUUCAGAAACCCUGUGGUUCUCAAAUGCAGUCACAGUUUCUGUGAGGAUUGUCUGCAGAAAUACUGGAAGAACGUAGAGAAUCUGUUUUGUCCUGUAUGCAGGAAAGAAUGUUCUUCUGAGGAGCCAAGUCUAAGCCUGGCCUUAAAGAGUCUCUGCAAUUCCAUACAGAAGUUCACGGAAAAAAACAAAGCCGAGCACAACUGUCAGCUGCAUGGUGAGCACCUUAAACUCUUCUGUUUUGAUGAUAAACAGCCCAUCUGUGUUGUCUGCCACACAUCAAAGAAACAUAAAGGUCACGAUUGCAGUCCCAUUGAGGAGGCUGUCCCUGAUCUAAAGAGUGAACUACAGGCUAUGGUUUUCACUUUGAUGAACAAAUUGCAAAACAAGAAUGCAGCCAAGAUAACUCAUCAAAAUUGGUUGGAGCACAUAAAGGGCCAGGCUCAAUGUGCAGAGGAGCAGAUAAGGAGGGAGUUUAAGAAACUCCACCAGUUCCUAGAAGAGGAAGAAACUGCCAGGAUAGCUGCACUGAAAGAGGAAAAACAACAGAAAGAGGGAGUUAUGCAAGAACAAGCUGAGGCUUUGAUGAGAGAUAUGGCAACCCUUUCAGAGACAAUUAUAGUUGUCAAGAAAGAAAUGGAUGUAGACAAUAUCACAUUCCUAAAGAACUACACGGCUAUACAUAACAGAUCCAACUGCAUAUCCACAGGUACUGAAGAUACAGAGAUUGUAUCAGGAACACUGAUUGACAUGGCCAAACAUUUGGGAUCUCUAAAGUUCAAAGUCUGGGAGAAGAUGCUUGAGUUCGUUGACCACAAUCCUGUGACCCUGGAUCCGAACACAAUGUCCACUAAGCUUGCAGUCAAUGAUGACCUAUCAAUUUUGAAAUACUGCGACGAGAGGCAGAAUCUCCCAAACAAUACAGAAAGGUUUCAAAAUAUAGGAGUGUUGGGUUCUGAAGGAUUUACUAAAGGCAUUCAUUUCUGGGACGUGGAGGUAGGCGAUAAUGAUAACUGGAUCUUAGGAGUUGCCAAAGAGUCUAUUCCUCGCAAGAGGUUAGUAAAAAUGUUGCCUCAAAGUGGAUUGUGGGUCUUAAGAUAUGUCAGUGGGAAAUACAAAGCAGGAACAAAACCACUGGUGCAGAUGAAGUUGGAUGAGAGCCCAAAAGUGAUCAGAGUACAACUGGACUGUGACCAAGGAGAGGUGACCUUCUACGACCUCACCAGGAAUACCCCUCUAUUCACUUUCAAUGAUGAAUUCCCUGAAAAGGUUUUUCCAUACUUUAAUACUCAAAGUCACAUUUGCCCACUGCGCCUUUUAAAGAGUGUUUAAAAUAUGCCAUACAUGAGGAUGAAUUGAAUUGUAAUGAUAUGUCAACUUAUGAAAUUAGUUUGCAGACAUUAGCUGGCAAAUUGGGAAAAUUUAAUAGGAAUCAAACUCCUAUUCAUUAACAAAGAAAAUGCUUUAAGCAGUUGAUGCACUAUGAAAAAUCAAGCAUCUACAAUCAAAAUCCAUGUGUUAAUUUCAAAGCCAACUUCCUAAUCUUAUGAUGACUCAUUUUAAUAUGUGACGUUUUACUUGUACAGUAAAUACAUCCACCACUAGGUAGGGGUAUCCAACUACAUAGAUACUAUGAAGACAUAACUGUUAUAUUGUUAGACAACAAUAAAUGCUUUGAAAAACUUGGUAUCCUUUUGCAUGUGACAGUAAACGACAAACAGAGAUGAAGGGAUCAUAAAAGAGAAGUUCUUCAUGGAGUCUUCCUCUGGCCUGUGCUUCUCCUCACCUGACUUGGGUUGUUCUCCAGCUCAAGCUGUCUGUGCUCCAUGACAUAAAUGAAUAACGUAACUAUUUCUGUUUUUAGCCAAUGACUUGCAGUUGACUAGUAACUGCCUAGAGAACUACCUCUGUUCAGCUGUUCUCAAUUUAUAGGUGAUUAGAAUGCUCUCUCAUGGUGGAAUUUACCAGACCAUUGUAAAUGAUAAAGAAACGUGCAUUUUCUCUAAAAGUUUCAACAAUUUCAAGGGGUAUGAAUAAUGUUGGACACGGUAUUUUUUGUAAAAAUUUUAACAAGACAGAAACAGUUACUUUAUUAAUUUGCAUAUCCAGCACAAUGUAUUACCGUCUUUCGUCACUUGUUUAGUUCAUUUCCAGCCAGAAGAAACCUAUUGGUUAAAUAAAAAUUAAAUAUAGCUCAAAAUUUGGCAUAGGUAUGAAUCAUUUUGGAAUAAACUGUUGGUACCGUUUACCUGAACUUAGAAACGUAAAAAUGUACAAUUGCAAAGUUUGUCCGGUGCUCCUGGCAUCUUGAAAUGACUUCUGGGAUAUCAAAUGCAUUCUCGCUGGCCAAAUCACCAACCCAAGCAUCCUCAAUAAAACGGGCAGGUCAAGAACACAAGCGGGCAUUUUAGGCAUUCUUGGUGUCUUGCGUUUUUGGGAACAGUACUUGGACCAUGAAAGAUGACGUCAAACGGGUUCAUAAGAACACAAGAAUGGACAAAAACGCGGAUUGAUAAACAGCCCCUGGCCCAAUUCCAACGUCCCCCCUGAACACUAAGCCCUGAACCCUCACAGACUUAACUGACGUCAUCUGGUAAGUGAUUGAGUGCAAGAGGCUGCAAGGGCUCUAAAUGCUAUAAAUAGUAAUGGGACAGCACUGGACAUUAUCAUGUUACCUUGAUGACGCUGAAACAUGUUGCACAAUAUUGUGGGUUUGGGACUUUAUUUUAUGUUUUUUUACUUUCUUUGCAGCCAAGGCACUUAAUAGACCAACUGCCUGAUUUAUAUGUCCGACAGAGUGGACAAGAGGUAAUUGUCAGUAACAAUCUAUAUUUGUCAAUAAUCAAUGUACUAUUUUUGGUCAAAACAGCGUUGUUAAGCUAAAACUAAAAUGAAUAGUCGUAAUAAGGUGAUUACAUUCCUCUGAUUUCAUGUGUUCUAUGUGCCAUCUUAAAUCCUUGUUAAUGUAGUGCAGUUUACCGUUCUUUUCUUUUAAAUAUUUCUCUUGCAUCCGGGCAUCCCCUAGUAACCUUCGUGUUUCACAUCACAAUGCUAUGAACUGAGAAUUGCCCACAGUUCAUAGCAUUGUGAUGUGAAACGGCUUGGGCUCAAUGUGUGCGGAGUCAAACGCGUCUAACCCGACCCUUUCUCGUCUCCUUAAAGGUCACUCAAGCUCAAGUUUGCAAAGCAAUCAACAUCAAUGAAAGCGAAUCCUAAUCGAACAUAUCGUACAUAAAUAUACAUACAAAUAUAAACCAAGAUGCUUAAGCUUUCAUGAGCUUUCAUAAUUUAAUAAAGAAGCUGAUAAAUGGUGCAAAGUGAGGUAACUUACAGAAAUAUGGAGAACCAAGGACAUGCAGGAGAGGGAGUGCAGUGAUGUAGUAACCAUAACGUGCACAUGCUAUCAGAAAGGAACCAAGUGGAUAGCUACAUUGUUGUCAAGGAUUAAAAUGUUUAGUUAUUUUUGGUUGUAUUUGUCUACUUAUAUUUUAAUUAGGUAUUUUUGUUUAAUGCCCGAAGGUACCAGUCUGACUUUUACAAUAAGUUCACCUUUUGAUAUGAUCAUUUAUCUUAAAUAAUAUACUUAUACAUACAGC